AUGGGAGUCGGUGGACUCGGUAAGAAGAUGCUUGGAAUGUCAUCACAAGGAAGAAAAUAUUCCAUCGAGAAGUUAAAACUCUUGAAGCAACCAUGUCUUGGAGCAGUCAAAGCAAAACUGAUGUUUGCAAGCAAGCGUGCAUCUGAGGAUUAUCUCCCCAAAGCAGAUUGCGCAUUCCUCAUCAAGUGGUGUGGCAUUGCUCGGUGGUCUGGCAUCAGAUGUCGAUGCCAUGUUUGA